AACAUGUCCUUUCUUCCGGUUCUCUCUGUCAAGCAAGAUGCCCGGCGUUACAGUAAAAGAUAUUGAUCAACACGCUUGCGUCAAGGCUGUUGCCAGUUUCUUGAAAAAGACUGGUAAAUUGAAGGUACCCGACCAAAUGGACAUUAUUAAAACCGCUAAAUAUAAGGAAUUGGCUCCCUAUGACCCCGAUUGGUUCUACAUCCGUUGUGCUUCGAUUUUGCGUCAUUUGUACCACCGCAGUCCCGCUGGUGUUGGUUCAAUCACCAAAAUCUAUGGUGGACGUAAACGCAACGGUGUUCACCCAUCCCACUUCUGCCGCGCUGCUGACGGUGCUGCUCGCAAAGCUUUGCAAUCAUUGGAACAUGCCCGCCUUAUUGAAAAGCACCCCGAUGGUGGUCGCAAAUUGACUCCAAUUGGCCAACGUGAUUUGGAUCGUAUUGCAAACCAAAUCGUUUCCAAACAACGUGAAGCCACUAAAGUAGCUGGUCCUAUUGUCAUCUCUGAAUAAAAUAUGUUGACAAUUAUUUGUUGACGGUAAUAAAAAGAUCCAUACUUUUUUAAAUUAA